AUGAGCGCCAGUGUUAGCGUUGUAGCUCCAGUAGUCAGGCAACACAACACACGCCUUGCAGCGCUUUCAGAGGAUCUGCCCCUACAGGUGCUCGCAAGUGGCAGGCGCCUUUGCGAUGUCGAUGACGCCCGCAACAAGCCUGCCGUCGUUGUUGCCGUCGCCAAGUGGUGGCACGAUCGCUUUCGCUGGGGACCGCGCUGGAACGGUCGACGACGACAAGGAACAAAAAAGCUCUGCAUUUUACGCCAGCCACAAACUCGCGGCGGGUUCACUGGGCAAGUGGUCUGGAGCGUUCUGGCGCCGUGUUCUACGUGUUCAGCUUGGUUCUGCAUUCGCUCGGGACCCCGGCGCUGUCGCUUUCUGCCAUCACUGCGACGGUGCUUGUCUGGAUGCAUUGGGGGUGUGGGGUGUAGCCGCUGUUUCUACCCGACUUGGAUGGCUUGCUGGGGGCGUGUCGCCCGAUGCGGACGUGGGAUUCUUGGGCCUUGA